CAGCUUCCAGCAUCCCCCCUCCUCCCCUUUCAUUCCCGUCCAAUCAAAACCGGCGCUGGGUAGAAAAACAAAGAGACCGAUUGGUGGAGGCUCCUGCGCCACGCCACGCCCAUUUCCAGUCGGCCACGGUUUGUGAAUGGGGGGCCCAGCACGCUGAUUAGUAUAGUGGGCGGGGACAAGGAGUUUGGCGGAGACCACGCCCCUUUUCCUUGUUGCAGAGUUACGCCUUCUUAUAAGGAGCGCGGCGCUUGUUGCUCUACUGUAGUGAGUUAUGAAGGGAGAGGAGAGUGUGCUCACAUGACGGACAGUGACUUACCGCUAUCUGCCUGCUAUCCCCGGGACUAAGAGCCGUGUGGAGCACUAACCUCACUGGACUGUAUUGGAUUUCCUCCCGGUGCCCUAGCGCCUCCUUCCGCUGGGAGCCGCACACAGCAGACACUUGUUGCCCGGUCUCAGCGCACCAUGAUGAGGAGUACGGGGCGCCUGUUGCGGGCGCUCACCCUGCUGCUGGGGCUCUGCUUCCCCCCCGGUUCCGCCGCCCAGCCGUACCACGGAGAGAAGGGCAUCUCCGCCCCGGACCACGGCUUCUGCCAGCCCAUCUCCAUCCCGCUGUGCACGGACAUCGCUUACAACCAGACCAUCAUGCCCAACCUGCUGGGCCACACCAACCAGGAGGACGCCGGGCUGGAGGUGCACCAGUUCUACCCGCUGGUGAAGGUGCAGUGUUCUCCCGAGCUGCGCUUCUUCCUGUGCUCCAUGUACGCUCCGGUGUGCACGGUGCUGGAGAACGCCAUCCCUCCGUGCCGCUCGCUGUGUGAACGGGCCCGACAAGGCUGCGAGGCCCUGAUGAACAAGUUCGGCUUCCAGUGGCCGGAGAGACUGCGCUGUGAGAACUUUCCUGUGCACGGAGCGGGCGAGAUCUGUGUGGGACAGAACACCUCGGACAGCCCCGCCGGCCCCACCGCCCACCCGACACCCUACCUACCCGAACUGCUCACCUUCCAGCCGCACUCCCCGCACCGGGACUUCAGCUGCCCCCGCCAGCUCAAGGUGCCCCCCUACCUGGGCUACCGCUUCCUGGGGGAGAAGGACUGCGGCGCCCCCUGCGAGCCCAGCAAAGCCAACGGCCUGAUGUACUUCAAGGAGGAGGAGGUGCGCUUCGCCCGGCUCUGGGUGGGCAUCUGGGCCAUCCUGUGCGGCAUCUCCACGCUCUUCACCGUGCUCACCUACCUGGUGGACAUGCGGCGCUUCAGCUACCCGGAGCGGCCCAUCAUCUUCCUGUCCGGCUGCUACUUCAUGGUGGCGGUGGCCUAUGCCGCAGGCUUCCUGCUGGAGGAGCGCGCCGUGUGCCUGGAUCGCUUCUCGGAGGACACUUACCGCACGGUGGCCCAGGGCACCAAGAAGGAGGGCUGCACCAUCCUCUUCAUGAUCCUCUACUUCUUCGGCAUGGCCAGCUCCAUCUGGUGGGUCAUCCUGUCCCUCACUUGGUUUCUAGCCGCGGGCAUGAAAUGGGGCCAUGAAGCCAUAGAAGCCCACUCCCAAUACUUCCACCUGGCGGCCUGGGCCGUGCCCGCAGUCAAGACCAUCACCAUCCUGGCCAUGGGCAGAGUGGACGGAGACCUCCUGAGCGGGGUGUGCUAUGUGGGCACCAGCAGUGUACCGGCCCUCCGCGGCUUCGUGCUGGCCCCGCUCUUCGUCUACCUGUUUAUCGGCACCUCCUUCCUGCUGGCCGGCUUCGUGUCCCUAUUCCGCAUCCGCACCAUCAUGAAGCACGAUGGCACCAAGACCGAGAAGCUGGAGAAGCUGAUGGUGCGCAUCGGGGUGUUCAGCGUGCUCUACACCGUGCCCGCCACCAUCGUGCUGGCCUGUUACUUCUACGAGCAGGCGUUCCGGGAGACGUGGGAGAAGACGUGGCUGAUGCAGACGUGUAAGAGCUUCGCCAUCCCGUGCCCCAGCCAGCACUUCUCCCCCAUGAGCCCGGACUUCACAGUGUUCAUGAUCAAGUAUCUGAUGACCAUGAUCGUGGGCAUCACCUCCAGCUUCUGGAUCUGGUCCGGGAAGACCCUCCAGUCCUGGCGCAAGUUCUACCAUAAACUAAGUCAUACUGGCAGCGGUAAGGGGGAGACUGCGGUAUGAGGGGCUAUGGACGACUCCUUAUUGCAGUGACCCCUGUGGUGGGGGAUAUUCUAAGUUAUAAUAACUUGACUAUGCACAUUGUUCUGCACCCUGUGAUGGACCAUACCAAUGAUGCCUCACUCCUCUAUUGUUCCCUGUUAUCAGCCUUGUAGAAUGGACUAUUACUCCAUGGAAUUACUGCCCCCCUCCCGGAUCACUCACUACUCCAGUGUGGAUGAUACAAUUCUCUCAGCUCUGUAUAUUUAGUGAGAUGCCCUUGUAUACAGCAGUGGUCUGCACCCAGUGACCCCUGUGAAGGACCUGCUGGAAGUUGUAGUGUCACAGGUUGCGGAGUGCUGCUGUACACAACCUGCAGUAGAGGCAUUUGUCAUUUACUCAGCUGGCACAGUGGGUAGGCCAUGUUUACUCAGUAGAUCAGGUCUGGGGGUCCCAGUAGUCAGCAGGCAGACACUUCAUUAAAGUUCCAAUGACUGGAGUCUCCUCCCUAGCAGCUGGGCAAAUAGCACCUUUUGGUGGAGACACUCCUGCUGUUAUGUCAACAAGGUGCUUAUUCAGCUCUGUAUUGUGUAGCUGGGCUUUCUGUUAGUGACCCCCCCCCCCUCAUGUAUUGACCCUAAAUAGCUGCCAUCCUACCCCCAUUCAUGUUGUCAUGGGUGCUUAUUAAAAUCAUUGGCUAGUAUUAACUUCUGGGCUAAGUUAAGUGUUCUGGCUAGGCAGGAGGGAAAUAGUUAAAGGUUCUUGAGUCUGGGGCCAGCAACACAUUCCUCUAGCAAGGCUUUGCUAUCUUCUGCAGCUGCAAAUGGGGUUAAAGCAUUUCCUUUGUAGACUCAUGCCAAAUGGCCUGGGAUUCCUCUGCCACCCAUAACUUAGGGGGGGUUGAGACUUUGGGCUUUAACUACAGCCCCGUGAUAUUCAGUGAAUUUUAUGGUGUAAAGUGCAUUAUGCCUUUGUUAGUGCUUUAAGACCAUUUAGAGUAAUGGUUAACACUUAACACCCUUUUUUUUAUGGGUCACCCUGUCAGGGCAGAGGUUAAAGGUGAUGGCACAUCUAAUCUGUCUUGUUUCCAUACCAUAGCGCUGUAUACUGGGGGGAUCCAGCCUGUGUCUUGGUGACUUUAUUCCGCUACAUUCACUGGUUUUACAGUUAGUUAUCUGUCUAGGAAAGUAUUGAGAACAAAAGGCUCUGGCAGGUUUCACUUUUGGUUUUGUUUUCUUUGUAUUUUUCUGUAUAUUCUCAACCCCAGAAGAAAUGUCCCAUUUUAUUUUUCUACACCCUGGGAAUAUACCAGUUGCUGCAUACUGUGUAUUUUGACAAUUUAAGAGACAAUUUUAUACAUUUUUGUAAUGUGCAUGUCAUAUCAACAGAUGAAGACGACAUUGUUAUAUAUUUUUUUGUAAAUAACUGUUCCUUUUGUACGAAGAUAUAUAUGUAUUUAUACAUUUCUAUGCCUCACUCUUAUCUUGUGUACAGACACUAAAUAAAGCCUACUUUUUAGGUAACUCUUGGGUGUUUUACUGGGAAGUUUUGUGUGUGCAAAGGGUGAAACCAGGUUUAGUUAAAGGGGUUGUGUAUAAUAUGUGCUUUGUUAUCUUAGACGGUUUAUUUAUAGCUCACUUAUUA